AUGAGGAAUGUCACAGAGACAUUUCUUCAGGUUUUGAGUGCACCAGUAACAACUGGAAACGAGGAGAAGAAAACAUUAAGUGAAGCAAGUGUUUCCCACCCUGAGGGUGCUGGUGAGAGAGUCUGGCAGCAUGACCUCCCAACAAAUGUAUUUACAUUCGGCGGAGCUAAACGUAGUGGCAGUUGACAGAGAAUGUAAAUACUUUCCUAUUGGUAUGAACGCACGUGAGCCGCUAUGGCGUUAAUUGACUCUAUUGUUGUUAGGUAUAUAAGGUUUCGACAGUUGUAAUGUAUUCAUCUCAGCUCUCGAACUAUCAACUUUUAAAAUGCCGUCCGAUGCUGAUCUCGCACGAAGCAUUUCCGAGCUCAAAGACGAGUUUCGUUCCGGUUUAUCUUCCUUAAAGAGAGAACUCGCACAAGAACACGACGCUGCGCUGAAGAAGCUCAAGACAGCUACUGCUAGUGUUCCGAAAUUUAAAAAGAAAGGCAACGAGAAACAGUUCCUACUCAAUUCUGAAGUACUUGAACACGUCCAGUCUGUUUCGUCCGCCCUUCAGGCGUCUUCGCCUCAAGUUGAAAAGGCCCUGGAAGAGCUAAAGGAAGGUGAGAAGAAGCUCUCUCAUCGUAACAAGCUCAUCCUUAUUGCUGAUUCCUCCGAAGAGGGGUGGGAAGUCGUAAACGAGUACCAGCGCCGGGAUCUUGCUGAUGACAGCGACGAUGACAAGCGUAUAAGACAGGCUGAAGUAAGGGCUUCACAGAAACGCCGCCGUGCUCAACUGGCGAAGAAAAGUUCGUCUCUCCGUCCUCAAAAGCCCUCCAAUCCGCCGGUUCCCUCGCUGCCCUACGUCGUUUCUGGUUACGGCACUCCAGUCUCUCCUUCUUAUCCUGCCGCUUCUCUACCAGGUUCUAGUUUUUCGAACCCGUUCGGUGCUGUCAAUUGGCCUAAGGCUCACCGUGGUUCGCGUGUUGGCAGUUGCUUUGCUUGUGGCAGCUUCGGCCAUUUCAGGAAUCAGUGCCCCGUCCUUCAAGCACAGUUUUCAGCUAGCCAACCUGGGAAACGUACGUGAUGGACCGGGAUGUUGGUGCACUCGUCGAGGACACAGAUAAGUUAAGGAACUUUGUUGAAGAUGAUUGUGACUUUUUUGAAUAUGAACAGGGUCGUAGUUCCACUAUUGUUGUUGCCGGUAGGCUGAAAUCACAUAUUCAGUUUUGGCGUUCUAUUGGUGCAAGUCAGUUUAUUCUAGAUGUUAUCGAGCACGGCUAUCGUAUUCCUUUCCACUCUACUCCCCCUGUUAGUUUUUCUAAUAAUAAUAAGUCAUCUUUGGCGCAUUCCGAUUUUGUUAACGAAGCUAUUUCCGAAUUGUUGGUCACCCAUCGCAUUUUUGAAUCGGAGGUCCUGCCCCAUAACGUCAACCCUCUUUCCGUUUCUAUUCAGUCAUCUGGGAGAAAGAGGUUGAUCUUGGACCUUAGGUUUGUAAAUAAGCAUGUCUGGAAACAAAAGGUCAAGUUUGAGGAUCUUGAGGUCGCUUUAAAUUAUUUUGACAAGGGUCAUUUCAUGUUUUCAUUUGACAUUAAGAGCGGUUAUCAUCAUGUGCUUAUCUUCCCGCCCCACCAGACAUUUUUGGGUUUUUCCUGGUUUUACCAGGGUAAGGUCCGUUAUUUUUGUUUUAGGGUCCUGCCCUUCGGCCUCUGUUCAGCCCCUUUUCUUUUCACUAAGAUUUUUAGGCCUCUCAUUGCGUACUGGAGGCGGGAUGGUAUUCACAUUGUUGUUUAUCUUGAUGAUGGUUUAGGGGAGGGGCCUUCAUAUCAGGUUGCUUUAGCCCAUUCCACCAGGGUUAAGACUGACUUGGUUCGUUCUGGCUUUGUACCCAACCUCGAGAAAUCUGUUUGGGCUCCUACAUCAGUCCUCGAUUGGUUGGGUUUCACGAUUGACCUUUUUCAGGGUUUGCUUUUUGUUCCUGGGAUUAAGCUCAAGCGGGUUCUUUCCGAUAUUGAUUCCCUUUUAGAGGCUAAUUCUUGCACCGCCAGGGAACUGUCCGCUCUUGCUGGUCGUAUUAAUUCCUUUAAACUAGCUGUAGGUAAUGUUACAACACUGAUGACAAAGUUUAUUCAUAUGUCCAUCGUCCUUCAGCGUGGUUGGGACUCUAGGUUUCCUUUGUCCGAUUCUGUCAAAGAAGAGCUUUUUUUCUGGAAAGAGAACGUUCGGUGUUUGAACGGGAGGCCCAUUGGGCGUGAUUUUUCUUGUUCUCGUUCCAUUGUUUAUUCAGAUGCUAGCGACCUAGGGGUUGGCGGUGUUGUUAAAGACCACGAGGGUGUUAUUUGUCAUCUUCCGUGGACUGCUAAUGAAAUGUUUCGCAGCUCCACGUGGCGUGAGCUUAAGGCAGUCUAUACUUGUCUCUCCAGUUUUUCUGUAGUUUUGUCAGGGCGCGCGGUUCAAUGGUUUACGGAUAACCGCAACAUUCCGUCCAUUAUUCACAACGGGAGUAUGAAGCGGGAUUUGCACGAAAUUUCCCUCUCUAUUUUUCAGAUAGUUUUGCGAAAUGGUAUUGAUUUGCAGGUGGACUGGAUUCCUAGACAUCUCAAUGAGCACGCGGAUGCCAUCAGUAGGAUCGUUGAUUUUGAUGACUGGGGUGUUUCUUUUGAAUUUUUCCGCCUUGUUGACAACAUUUGGGGUCCACAUUCCGUAGAUCGUUUCGCCAAUUCCCAUAACCGCAAAUUACCCAGAUUCUUUUCCCGUUUCUGGAAUCCUGACUCGGAAGGGGUCGAUGCUUUUUGUUUUGACUGGGCGGGGGAGAAUAACUGGCUCGUUCCCCCAGUGUCCCUUGUUCCCCGGGUCAUUAGGCAUUUGGUUGUAUGUAGGUCUAUGGGCACCCUUAUUGUCCCUAAGUGGGUCUCAGCUCCAUUUUGGCCCAUGCUCUUUGGUCCCCAUUCCCCUUUUUCCUUUUGCGUUAAAGGGACCAUUCUUUUUACCAAUGUUUCUAAUAUUUUUGUUCCGGGCUCUACAGAGUCUAUUUUUUAUGGCCCUAAAUUUAAGUCUCAUGUAUUAGCCGUCCGUUUGUCGGCUUGUUAGAUCUGUGCUUCUAGGCUUAAUUCUUUUCCGCAGUUACGUGUACUUACCUUGUUUAGCCUAUAUUAAAGUGUGGUUUAUUAUUUUGAGUGAUUUGUUCUGUUUUUUCCUUUGCCUCGGUGGCACUUAUGCGGGUCUCGGUGACCUUGUUUGUACCUUCACUGAUCCCGACGGGUCAUACCGUUACAUUCUUUUUGAGUGAUUUGUUCUGUUUUUUCCUUUGCCUCGGUGGCAUUUAUGCGGGUCUCGGUGACCUUAUUUGUACCAUCACUGGUCCCGACCAGUCGUACCGUUACUUUUUUUGCGUGACCUCGGUCGGUUUUGAAUCGUUCCAGGUCUCCCCAUAUAUGUGGUUGCGUGCGCCUCCGUGGCCACUCUCUUAUUAUCUUAUGUACCUGUGUGAUAGUUGUAUGUUUUUUCUCUACAUAUUACGCGCGUUUCCUUAUUUUCAAUCCAUAUGGUCUCCUAUUUCCUCUGUAUUUUCAGAUGUUUUCGCUAGCCCUAUGUGGGCUGAGCUUACCGAUGUCAAAGCUCCCUCCCUACGCUGCUUAGCAGAAAAGCUACCGGAGAUAGUCCUUGGCUCCAGGGCAGAUUCCACUACUCUCACCUACCUCAACGGUUUUAAGCGAUGGCGUGCAUGGGCCAACAGAUUUCCCGAGGUCGCAGUCCUGCCCGCUACUCCGGCUUAUGUUUCCUUAUACCUGCUCAGUGUCCUCCAGGCUUCUAGUUCUCCUGCACCGGUCCAGAACGCCUUCUACAGCAUUCGCUGGGCUCAUGAUAUUGCUGGUUUCGACUCUCCUACCAAUCAUACACUUCCCCAGAAGGUCGUGGAGUCCGCUAAGAGAAGGCUAUUACAUCUUACUUCCAAGAAGCUCCCUAUUACAUCCGAAAUUUUACAAAAGUUGUUUCAGAGUCUCGAUGGAUCAUUGGUGGACACAAGAUUCAUGGCCAUGGCGCUGUUGGCUUUUGCGGGGUUCUUAAGAUUUGACGAAUUGGCUAAUCUGAAACUUAAAGAUUUAGCGCUGCAUGAUACUCAUUUUGAGCUUUUCAUUGAAAGCAGUAAAACUGAUCAAUAUCGCGAGGGCGCUAUUGUCCCCAUUGUCAGGUCUGGCACGGAUCUUUGCCCCUGGGGUAAUUUAGAGAAGUAUUUAGCGCAAGCCAAACUCACGUUACCUACAUCUUCCCAAGGUGGAGACGAUUAUUUGUUCGGAAAUAUUCAAACCAAGUCUGGCUCUCAGUCCAUCCGCCCAGGCUCCAAAUUGUCUUAUACAAGAUGUAGAGAAGUUUUAUUAAAGAAGAUUGCAGACGUAGGAUUAGACCCUAAGUCUUUCUCGUGGCACAGCUUCAGAAGUGGCGGUGCAUCUGCCGCCGCUAAUGGUGGUAUCUCCGAUAGAAUGUUUAAGCGCCACGGUAGAUGGCGUUCGGAAAACGCUAAGGAUGGCUACGUUGCAGACUCGCUAGAGAGCCGAUUAGCGGUCUCUAUGUCCCUUGGACUGUAGUUGUUUCCCGUUCUUUGUCUUCUCAGCCGCUCCAUAGUUCGAGCUGCACACCCAUUCCCGUCUCUUAGUCGUGAAUAUAAAUAGGAAAUGUAUUUACAUUCGGCGGAGCUAAACGUAGUGGCAGUGACAGAGAAUGUAAAUACUUUCCUAUUGGUAUGAACGCACGUGAGCCGCUAUGGCGUUAAUUGACUCUAUUGUUGUUAGGUAUAUAAGGUUUCGACAGUUGUAAUGUAUUCAUCUCAGCUCUCGAACUAUCAACUUUUAUUUUAUACCUUACUUUAUUGAUUGAUUUUUUACCUUUAACCCCCAGAGGUUGUGCGACCGCAUCGGUUGGGGAAUACGUUCCCAAUUUUUUCCCAUUGGGUUUUUGGGUUUUCGUAUCAGGCGGCGCACGUGAAUAGUUUAGCCUGAGUGACUUUAUUUAGGAAUAUUUGUAUACCAUUCUUUAGUUAUGAUAUUGAACUUUGUAUGUUAUUUGGACGGCAUUAAACACUCAGGCUCCAUAGUUCGAGCUGCACACCCAUUCCCGUCUCUUAGUCGUGAAUAUAAAUAGGAAAGAGUGCUUGUGAGUUUUCAAAAUAUGUUAAUGAAAUUGUAAAUGCUCAUGUUGGGGUGGGGCAACAUCUUUUGGGGUGUGGUUUAGCUUUUGUUGCCAGUCUUAUAAGGGAACACUAUAAAGACAAAGACAAGAGAUCCAACAACCUGAGUAUUCGCCUUAUUGGGGAGCAGGCUAUAGCUCUUGCUCGAUAUUCCUACAGACUUGUAGAUGCCCUUGUAGUUCCAAACGAGACACCUGCACAGAAAAUUAAACGACUAGCACUUGGAAAGGUUGCACAGUGUUUAAGAGAUGCUUGUACAUUAUUUAACAAAGUAGACACCAAUGCUUCAGAUGUAAAAAAAUGUAUUUUAAUCUACUGGUAA